UGGUUUAUUUCUUGUUAUUUUUGUGUUUUAUUUUCGGUCUUAUUUCUUAAUUCUAAUUAUCAUCUUACUCUGUAAUUUCAUGUAAUGUGCGAUUUGUGAAAACAAUGAUAUAUUUUUUAAUAAUUUAACAUCAAUCUGUUUAAGUCAUGGAGGAUGAUUCGGAAAAUGUUGUUUUUUAUGAAGCGAUAUUAAAAAAUCUUAGAAUAUUAUCAAGUGUAUUUUGGAGUUUCCCGUUCACAUAUGUGUCGAAAAUAUUCUCAGGACCUGGUUAUAAUAGGACAUCGAAAUUUGAAAUAUUUCUUACCAUAUUUGCUGUAAUUACAACCGUUGUAGUCUUCUAUCAUUCAUUCGAAUUUUUGCGUAGGAUUCUGUAUAAACUAUACCCUGUGAGACUUAGAGGCUUUCUUUUUGGUUCAAGAAAAAGUAAACAUUCAUGGGAAUAUUCAAAAGACAAUUGCUUUGUUUAUGCGAUUAAAGGACGAAGAGCCAAAAUGGAAGAUAGAUUUAGUGUUAUAAUUGAUAAUGAAAGUGGAAUAUCUCUUUAUGGUAUCUUUGAUGGCCAUGGAGGAGAGUUUGCUUCAGAAUUUGUUGAAAAGCAUCUAUUUAAAGAAUUAUUAAAAAAACUUCAAGAAGUUGUACAGAAUAAACCAGAAGACAAAUUAACCAGUGAAUUUGCUCGAAUUUUAACAGAUCGUAUUUUAGAAAUAGAUGUAGAGCUACUUGCUAAAGUUAAAGCCGCUAAAGAUGUUGCAGGUACAACAGCUUUGGUAGCAAUUUUAUAUAAGAACCAGUUGAUUGUUGCAAAUGUUGGAGAUUCAAGAGGAGUUAUUUGUGAUAGCAAAGGGAAUGCUAUUCCUUUAUCUUUUGAUCAUAAACCAGAUCAAUUGAAAGAAAGACGUCGAAUACAUUCUGCUGGUGGGUUUAUCUCAUUCCAUGGAGUAUGGCGUGUUGCAGGAAUUCUUGCUACAUCUCGGGCUUUGGGUGACUUCCCUCUUAAAGAUAGAAAUUUAGUCAUUGCUAGACCAGAUAUUUUAAAUUUUGAUCUGCAAGAUUUAAAACCACAGUUCAUGAUACUUGCUACUGAUGGCUUGUGGGAUGCUUUCAGUAAUGAAGAAUCAGUUGAUUAUGUGAAAAAAGAAUGUAAAAGAGAUAUUUGCCGAGCAGCUAGAGCUCUGACGAGGCAGGCAUUUAAAAGUGGCUCAUCAGACAAUAUAACUGUUUUAGUGGUUGAUUUUACCAAGAAAACAUGACAGUGUGCUCCUAUUUAAUUAUUGAUAGAUAAUAAAUGAGAUAAACUAUUAAAUGUGUGAAAUAUUAAAUUUAUCCCUUCUGUAAAAUUCUGUUUUUAUACAACAUAGCAGUUUUUCUGUAAAUAAAUAAAUGUCUCUUUUUAAAGAAGAAAGCUUUUAUAAUCUUUUCUAAAUCAAAUCGAUAGAAUAAAGCUUGUUUCCUUAAAUCACUCUGGGUUGUUUUAUUGUAUUAAUUUUUUUUUAAAAAUGUUCUGUUUUAUGUUUGCAUAACUUUGUAUAUGAACAAUAUUUUUAAAAUUUGAACAAAAACUGCUUAUAAUUUUCUUAGAUCAAUGAUUUUAAGUGCAUUAAUUUAUAAUGUUAUGUGAUUAGAUUGUCAUUGUUAAAGAAGUUUACAAUUACUCAUACUGUAGAGAUUAUAUAUAUAUAUAUGAAACCUAUAGUUCCAUUGAAAUUAAUUUAAAAGUUGUAUUGACUUAUGAAUUAAUUUUAAUUACUGUUCGUGCUUCAAAAACUUCUUGCAGAAUUUAAUUUUUUUAUUGGCAACUAUUAACGAGAAAUAAAUGGCUAUUGUGUGUUAAA